UUCAGCAUCGGGCUCAUUCUUUGAUCAGGAUGAAUCCUCGGACGGUUCAGGUGGUAGUCGGCGUGACGACCCUGUGUGUUGGUAUUGGGGUAGGGGUGCUGAUCGGGUAUUUCAGCGCCCCUGGGGAGGGGGAGUACACCAACCCCGAGACCCGCGAACCGGAUGAAAGCAUCGCGGACCGUAUCAUGGAAGAAAUCAGUGCCGAGAAUAUAAAGGCUAAUCUCAGAUAUUACGCUCGGAAACCGCAUGUUGCUGGGACACCAGCCGACAGGGAAGGGGCGGAUGACAUCAGGAGGGCGUGGCUGGAUCAAGGAUUGGACUCUGCCGAGUUGGUCUCGUAUAAGGUCUAUCUUCAGCAUCCCCCAUCACCAGACAAUGAAGAAUUAGCUAACAAGGUUCAAAUCGUAGAUCCAGCCAAUGGGAAUGUUGCAUUUCAGUCAGCGCUGAGGGAGGAUCCAUUCGGAGAAGAGGAAUUAUUACAGCCUGAUAUUCCUCCGCCAUUCAAUGCAUACUCGGCUACAGGAGAUGUGACGGGGGACUUGGUUUACGUAAAUUAUGGAAGGGUUGAGGACUAUGAGUACAUACUGGAUGAGUUGGACCCUACCAUUAACUUCACAGGGAAGAUCGUCAUCGCCCGACACGGAGGGACGGGAUGGUAUACCAAGGCAACGAAUGCCUACGACUUUGGUUGUGUGGCACUUCUAAUGUAUACGGACCCGGCGAAUUAUGGCGUCGGCCCAGAAAUAGGACUUCCCUACCCUGACGGCAAAUUCCUACCUAGCACAUCGGGGCAGAGGGGUUCGGUCAAAAAGGAUUUUGGGGAUCCACUGACCCCUGGUUACCCAUCGAGAGACUUUGCCUAUAGGAGAUCUGUUAACGAAACCGACUUGCCCAAAGUUCUUAUUCAUCCUGUAGGAUACGGUGAUGCAGAGAAACUGAUAAAAGCGUUGGCUGGGCAUUCUCCUCGUGAAAGCUGGCGUGGCGGUUUGAACACUACUUACCCGGUGGGUCCAGGGUUUGGCGCCCCAUAUCAAGGAAUGAAGACGAGAGUGGUUAUCAACUCCGUGUCAGACCAGUAUACUAUCUACAACACAGUCGGAUUUAUUAGAGGGGCUAUUGAACCAGAACGUUACGUCAUAAUUGGGAACCAUCGUGAUGCCUGGGGUUUGGGUUCUAUCGAUCCUACCAGUGGGACCGCAUCGGUUCUUGAGAUUUCAAGAGUUUUUGGAAAACUUAAAAGAGAAGGAUGGAGGCCGAGAAGGACAUUGAUGUUCUGCUCUUUUGGAGGAGAGGAAUAUGGAUUGAUCGGUUCGAUUGAAUGGACUGAGGAAUUUAACCGAAUCCUAGCAGACAGAGUCGUAACUUAUCUUAAUUUGGACAUGGGGGUCGUGGAUACCUUUUAUCUUCGGUCCUCGGCAACUCCACAUCUACGGCCGAUUAUAUAUGAAGCGACGCAAAAGAUUCCAGAUCCGGAUCCAUCGGAUACUCGGAAAACCGUUUACGACACUAUGGUAGAACGUGAGCCGGAUCCAGAUAAUCCAGAAUUACCCCAGGUGUUGCACAUCGGAGGUGGCAGCGACUAUUACGGCUUCGAGAAGAGACUGGGAGUGCCGUGCAUCAUGGGAUACUAUUUCUAUGACCGCAAAACAUACAACAUCAACUUCUACUCGCUUUAUCACACAUCGUAUGAGACAGUUCGACUAAUGGAUACAUUCAUCGAUCCCGAGUACAAAUACCAUCAGGCGAUAGCAAGGACCUUCGCAGAAAUGGCGCGAAAUUUGGCGGAGAGGGUGGUGUUGCCGUUUGACGUCGAGGCUUAUUCUAAUGAUCUCACAUCGAUGUGGAUGAAUCUGAAAAACACGUCACAGGCGAGGGAUAUAGAAGCGCACGAUAUCUCACUAGAACCUCUUGAGCAAGCGAUUGCUGAGUUUGCAACGACCUGUUCGCAAUUUAAAGAGAGACUUCAAUCUGUGGACACACAAAGUACGGUAGCUGUUAGGCAGGUCAAUGACCAAAUGAUGUCACUGGACAAAGCUUUUCUUGGUGAUCUACCCGGCGAAACUCUCGAUAGGCAUCUACUCUUUACCGGACGGCAGACACAGGGGCGCUCAACGGAGAAGGUGCCAUCGGGAACCUUUCCCACCAUCCUCGAUGUCCUGCACGAGAUCGACGAUGAUCCCGAUCAAGUGGGUCGCUGGAACCUGGUGGCCCAGCAGGUCGCCAUUCUAACACACGCUGUCGAAGCUGGCACGUCUGUCUUACGAGAUGUGACGUCGUGGUGACGUCACAGAUUUUAAUGUACAUACGUAUACGUUGCGUUUAUCAUUACUUAAUUUUCCAUAUUAAAUCUCUCACUAUCGUUUUUUUGUUUACUAUGCCUAAAUCCUCCCAUUAAAAUUUCCUCUUUUAUUGAUAUGUGAAUGAUUCAGGGAAUAUAAUAAUUAUGAAUGAAAUCUUUAUGACUUUUGUAAUUAAAAAAAAAAUUGUAUACUCGGUA